CGAUCACGACUCGCAACUCACGAACGACUGCUCGAAUUGGGUCAAGUCCAUCAAUGGCAUUCAUUCCAUCGACACGGACGACAUCCUGACCUACUUUCUUCACCUUUUUGAUCGAACUUGCAAAUCUCAUCGGAUAUCCAACCUUCUCUUUCCCGCCUUCCAACGUUGCCAACGUGUCGCCCUCAGCAAGCCACCAUCCCCAUCCCCCAUCCUCUUCACGCUCCGUCCGGAAUCUCAAAUCGCACGCGCGCGAGUCUGUCAGACUGACCCCCCACUUGGACUCGUCAUGUCCGCCGCAGCAACUUCAGUCGAUGUGCUGUCCGCAACACCCGCACUGCCCUCGCUCGAUGGGGACGUGCAAACGAGCCAUUCGGUGCACAUCCCAACCAUCUCCUUGCACAUCCCGAUCGAAAAUGUCCCGACGGAUCUCCUUGCCGGUCUGCGAGAGAUUGCUAGCAACACGCCAAGACAGAACAUACACAUCGCACAGCAUAGAGAUCAGGGCUUCGUACCUGUUUCAGGGAAAAUCGAGACUUCGAGUCGCACGACACGUGGCGGUGCUACUUGGUGGUGGAAUGUGGCCUUCCAGCACGACUCGACUCUGCCCAGCGGUGGGCUUAAAGUGAAUUGUUCCAACGAUGGCACCUUUUUGCGAAGCACAUCGUCCGGCGCACCGGAUCUGGAGAGUUCGUUUGUCGUUCUGAUCUCGUACACUCGACUUAGCGAAGCUUUUAGGGGAUUGGGACACGUGUUGGGCGUGACGCGGGACCUGAUCGUGCCUGCGCAGCACCUGCUCCAACGUCGCGGUGCGGGCAGCAUUCCGACCGGACUGUUCGAUGCUACUUCUCAGCAGUGGGCCCUCGACCCCGAGCUGGCUGUGCAAAAGCUCUCGUUGCAAGAAAGCGCGACGUUCGAGACCGUGGGCACGAUGAUCGAUUGCUCAAGAAAUGGUGUGCUUCGAGUAGUGUCGAUCAAGUUCAUGCUUCGUAGCCUGGCGCUGAUGGGCUACAACAUGUUGCAGCUGUACACGGAAGAUACGUACAAGAUUGAAGGAGAACCCUUCUUUGGCUACUUGAGAGGCGGCUACACGCACGAAGAGCUAAAGGAGGUGGACGACUAUGCGUUCGCUUUGGGCAUCGAGGUCAUUCCGUGCAUUCAAACGUUGGGACACUUGGGCCAGAUGCUUCAGUGGCCCAAAUACCUGGCACUGAGAGACACGACCGAGGUGCUGCUGGCAGAAUGGCCAGAGACGUACGUCAUGCUGGAAAAGAUGCUGCACGCAGCUACGGCUCCUUUUCGUUCGAAGAGGGUCCACCUGGGCAUGGAUGAGACGCACGGCUUGGCGCAUGGACGCUACCAUCAGAUCUUUGGACAGCACAACUACAAAGAACCGACGAGGGUGUUUGUGGAGCAUUUGCAAAAGGUCAAUGCUCUGGCAUUGGGAUUGGGACUCAAACCCAUGAUCUGGUCAGACAUGCUCUUUUGCCUCUCUGCGCGCAACAAUUCCCUCUUGGGCUAUUACGACUCUGCUCAACCCACAUCCGUCGAUGGAAUUCCUCCCAAUGUGGAUCUGGUGUAUUGGGACUACUAUCAUACAAGCAAGAAAUCCUACUCGGAUCGCAUAGACAGUCAUAAGCUGCUGGCUCGAAAGAGUCCCUGGAUGGCAGCUGGUAUUUGGACUUGGACCAGACACUGGACAGCCCUUCCAUUCUCCUUCGCUACAUGCAAAGCGAACCUGAACGCCAGCAAGGCACCAAACAGCGGCGUCAAGCACGUCAUGGUGACGUGCUGGGGAGACGAAGGGAACGAACAAGACCCUUUGUCUGCUUUACCUGCCUGGCACUACUAUGCUGAACACUGCUACGAGAAGACGGAAGAGGUGGAUCUGCCUCGCAUGCGAGCUCGUUUUGAUGGGAUUGUCGGAGCUUCUUUCAACGACUACGUCAUGGCUUCUCGGCUUGACGAUAUGAAUCCGGAAGAACAGAGCAUCGAUGAUCGCAUACAUUUCGCGCCCAACACUAGCAAGUGGCUCUUGUGGGAAGAGCCAGCUCUAGGUUUCAUCUCUCCCAGUGUAGAAGCGUCAGGAAUAGAUUUAGAGACGCACUACACGGAGCUAGACGCCUAUCUCUCAGCUCGGCUCUCCACGCAAGCAUCCACCGCGCCAGACGAAACCAGUGCGCCUGCUCGAAGCAUAGCCGAUCAUCCUUUGAAUGCCAGGCUGCGUCUUCCCCAGCUGCUCGCGAGCGCACUUUCCCUCAAGGCUGCUCUUCGCUUGAGAUUGCACAAGGCUUAUGUUGCAAGGGAUUGGAAGGAGCUGUACGCUUUGGCUGGACCUGAACCUGUCAGUCGAAUGAGCCGUCUACGUGCUGCUGUGCAGCGCUUGCACAAGUAUCAUUGCACCAUGUGGCACUCUACGUACAAGCCUUUUGGCUGGGAAACAUUGGAUCUGAGGUACGGCGGGCUGGUGGCCCGUCUAGAGACGAUGCAUUCCCGACUCGUCGCCUUCCUCUCCCACAUUCAAGCAGGCGGCGAGCCAGGCAAAGCGUUGAGCCAAUCGCAGCCGACCGGUCCUAAUGCUGGUGUGCUCUUGAAUGCGCAAGGAGGGCAAGAUGCAUCGUACGAUGCACCAGUCGAUUCUUUGCCAGAGCUUCAAGUACCUCUGCACGUGGUCUACGCUUCGGCCCUUCAGCUGCUCGAUUAUCAUCGCGUUAGCAGACCGACGUAUUGUUGAGCUCGCUACAUUCCAGCCCCGAGGUUUGCCUGCACUCAUCCAUCUCGAUGUACAAUCGCCUCUUUGCCUCUCGCCCCUCCUCCCCUCGCGGCCUCAGCAACACUCAAUCGUGCGAAGUCGUUGGCACGUGCGCACAUAGACGAGUCACGCAAGCCUCACGCAAUCAGAACCGGGUCAUCUGCUCGUUGGAGCGCCACAAAUUUCAUCGUUUCACAUUG